CAUCGCAAACGCGGCGACGUGUUGCUGGGAGUCAUAGCUUACAUUCAAGAAGACAGGGGAAAAAAAAGAGAAAAUUCUACUUUUUUUUCCCUUCAUUACCUACCACUCCCUACAGUUUGCAAAACUCCCUCCUCUAUUCCCUGCCCCCCCUCCUCCUGCUAUUCUUUCCCCUCCCCCCUCCCUUGUUGUUGCUGUUGUUACAAUUGCUACUCUCUCGGAGAGAGGGUCAUGUCUAGCGUGCAGCAGCAGCAGCUCCCCGGCGGCUGCCUGGAGAGGAUGGCGGCCAGGAGGACGUACCCCCUCCACGCCCGGACGGCGGUCUGCCGGAGCCUCUUCGGUCCGAUCGACCACGACGAGCUGCGGCGGGAGACCAAGAGCAAGCUGCGGGAGAUCAGCGAGCGGGACCGCAGGCGGUGGAAUUUCAACUUCGCCACCGACACGCCGCUGCAGGGGGGCGACUACGAGUGGGAAGAAGGCGGCGACGAUGUGCCCGCUUUCUACCGCGAGAGCGUGCACCGGAGCAAGCCGCGGCUCCAGUGCCCCGUCCCGGAGUCCUGUCAUUCGGGCACCGACGGCAGCGACCCCGUUGCCGCGCUGGACGGCAAUGCGGAAUCAGCCGGCCUGGCCCACCGCUUGUUAGGGCUGGAAGGCAACGAGACCAACCAGGAGAACCGCUCGGAUAACUUGCACUCAGGAAUCAAAGCGGACAGAGCGCCCUGUUUGCGCAAAAGGAACUCCACAGCACGAAUCACAGAUUUUUUCGCCAAGCGAAAGAAGACGGUUGGAUCUAAAGCUUCCAGUGAGAACGCGUCUCUCUCGGGGGUGCCCGGGGAACAGACUCCACGGAAGAGAAUACGAUAAAAGAGAAGGAAGGGGCAAAACCCAGAAGGACAAAAAAAAACAAUCCGACUGACCCUUUAUGUCCACUUUUUCCCCCACCCCACCCCACCCCACCCCAAACUUCACUCUCGUAGAUAUUUGCACUCCACUUUUUUUAAAAAAAAUAAAAAGACGAAUUGAUCAAUAAAAGAAGUGGCUGACGGCGACGAUCACCAUCUUGACUACUCCUCAGACUUUGCAAAAACCAUAGGACACUGAUCCAGGAAUUCCGAAGAGCGAAGGGGACUCGCCGUCUAUCGGUUUUUUUUUUAAAAUACGGAAUAAACACACAGUACAUGUAGCAACCCAACCUGCAGUGGCACUCCCACUGCAGCAGUGUUAAGGAACACAGCGUGCAAUUUCGAUUUGUUUUGCAUUGUGUCUACACUGUCCAAAGUGUAAACGUUUCACAAUGAGUAUAUUACGGGCAAAAAUAAGUUCUAAGUAUUGAUUAUAUCUCAGUACGACUCCAGAUGUAUAUUUGUAAAAUACAAAGGCUUAUACUAACUUAUAUUUCCUAUUUAUGUUAAGAAUGGUUUGGACCAGUUGUGACACCCAAUUGUCCCCUAACAAAGGGAACUAAGAGUAAUCUUGACUCGCUUUAUUUACAAACUAUUUUUUUUAAAACUUUUUUUAGUAUGUGCCUUGCGUUCACAUCUUGUUUGUAUCUAAAAUGUUUAGGUGACUUGAAGGUGAGCAUAGGUCCCAUGUUUUGGUUUCUGAGCCGUUUAAUGUACCACUGCCACGUUUGUGUGUUGGUUAAAAAAAUUUGGAAUUACAAAGUGCAUUUCUUGUUUCCGCUGAAAUAAACGAAUACAAUUUAAUCAUG